AUGGUCGAAUCUGUCGAUGACAGUUCGCAAAAUGCCAGUCCUGAAGAUGCAUCUUCACCAGUGCUCAGAUCUAUAUCACGCAAGGGAGAACGCGACGGCCAGAAAGUUGUCAUGUUCAAGGUGACACAUGUCUUGCUUACGAUUCUAUUUCUAUGGUUGAUGAUUAUUCAUAUAUUUGGCGUCCUGUUUUUUGCGAAAGGAUUUCUUCUGACCAGAUUAGUCCUGGACAAUAAGUCAGAGUGUGCUAUACUUCCAGAUGGGACAUCUUCUCCACAAUCGAACGGAUGUUGGCAUCCAAAGACUUUCGACCGAGCCGUCAUCAUAAUAAUCGAUGCCUUACGAUACGAUUUCACCGUUCCUUCCCAUCGCUUCCUUAACGAAUCUCAACCAAAGUUCUACCUUGAUAACCUUCCAAUCCUGCACGACACUGCGGCCUCCAAAUCUGCUCAUGCAAUUCUGCUUCCCUUUAUCGCUGAUCCACCAACAAGUACACUACAACGGUUGAAGGGCUUGACAACGGGCACUCUUCCAACGUUUAUAGACAUUGGGUCGAAUUUUGCAGGAACCGCCAUUGAAGAAGACAGUAUCGUGUCACAGUUGAAAGAUGCUGGAAAAACAAUUGUACACCUUGGCGAUGAUACCUGGCAUUCAUUGUUUCCCGGCUACUUUCAUUCAAAUAUGACUCGAGCUUACGAUUCUUUCAAUGUUUGGGACUUGCACACUGUCGACAAUGGAGUCAUCGAACACAUAAUGCCGCUACUUGGCCAAUCUCCUCCACAAUGGGAUGUUAUUUUCGGCCAUUUUCUUGGAGUCGAUCAUGCAGGCCACCGGUACGGACCCGAUCAUCCUGCCAUGGGAGAAAAGCUACGUCAGAUGAACCAUGUUUUAACACAGGUUAUGGAGAAAGUCGACGAUGACACGCUCCUUGUCAUCAUGGGAGAUCAUGGGAUGGACACCAAAGGUGACCACGGCGGAGAAUCGGACGAGGAAGUAGAAGCCGCCCUCUGGUUGUACUCGAAACAACCCCGCUUUGGAAGAACUGACAAGGCGGCCCUUGUGCCUCCAGCUACAGCCAAGGAACGACCUGUGGGCCAGAUUGACCUUGUCUCGACUCUUUCCCUUCUCCUCGGGCUGCCCAUACCUUUUAACAAUCUCGGCAAACCGAUUGCCGAAGCCUUUGCAGGGCCAGACAACACGGACUGGGAAAAUCUGGCCCGAGCGGAGUACCUAGCUCAGAGCCAGAUUGCAAGAUACCAAGAACACUAUUCUAGAUCUCGUGAUCUCGGUCUUCCUGAUGAUGCGUACAGAGAACAAAUGAUGUAUCUUCAACGCUCAUCCGACGCGACGGCGAAUAGGAAUUGGGAGGAUGCCCAUUAUGCCUUUGUGGAUUGGCAUAGAGAAGUCAUCUCCAUGUACCGAAAAUUGUGGGCCAAUUUCAAUGUGGCAGAUAUGCUCUACGGUAUCACGAUUUCUGGUCUUGCGCUGGUAUUCUUGCUUUUCUUUUCUCGUCUGUCCUCAGGAGACAAAUCCAGCCUCGCCACAAGUCUGAUCAGAUGCGCAGUGUUGGGUACAGCCACCGGCGCGGCAAUCGGCCUAAUCCUAGGAAUUCUGUUUCCAGCGGACUUCUCUAUCCUCGCGGGGUCGGUCUUUGGCGCAAGCAUUGGUGGUAUCAUCGCCGCUGGUAUAUGGUCUGUUCGACAUCAAUUCGCCGUCAUAUCACAUUUACCCUCCACAUGGGGAUGGAUGGCCUUUGUUUUCUGUAUGACACAAUCGGCCGGGUUUGCGUCGAACUCUUAUACUAUUCAUGAAGAUAGCAUUCUUCUUUUCUUUUUGAGCACCUUCGGCGUCGUGUCGUUAGCGUCGUCACUGAGGCAAGCGUCCCAAUCUGAUCGGGUGUUGGGAACAUAUCAAUCGGUUUGGUUCAUCCUCCUUACUCGGUUUGCGUCAUUUUCGCGUUUAUGUCGCGAAGAGCAGAUGCCAGGGUGUCGAUCAACCUUCUAUGCCUCUUCCAACUCAUCCACAUCCGCUCCAUGGCAACUUCUGAUCCCAUUCUCUGCGGCGUUGAUUUUGCCUGAAAUCGUCAAAGCGUUUUAUCAAGGUACUGCUUCCUAUGCCGCUUCGGCUGGAUUUUGGAUCGGCUUCUGCUUUCGAAUGGGUUUAUUGCUCAUUGCUGCAUACUGGACCAUCGAUGCGGUCGACAAUGGCGGCUGGUUGAUGGAACGAUUAUCCUCCACAACACUCAAGACGAUCAACACCACACUGGCCAGGUGUGCUUUGGCGAUGGCUCUACCCGUCGGAAUCGGGACUUUUGUUUGGGCCAAGCCAUGCAUCGACGUUUCGAUUAGCGAGCCAACCCCAGGCACAGACGAAUUCGGGACAUCGGCUCGGCCUCAAUUGACAAUAUUGGGCUAUGCGAAUGUAUACGGCAGUCGAUACCUCUUGAUGAUCCCCAUUCUGGAACUAUCUGUUGCCCUCCUUCUCCCACCUAUGGGUCAAUAUUCUAUCGCAAUCUGUACUUGGCAAAUACUCUGUCUCGUGGAGAUCUUAGACACCAAUGGGCUGACCAUAUCUUCGACCCACAAAUCUAGCAUCGGACCCAUCAUCCUGGCACUCCUGGGGUCCUACCAUUUCUUCAAAACCGGACACCAAGCGGCCCUGGCAUCGAUCCAAUGGAACUCGGCCUUCGUCCCGCUUCGUACAAUAUCCUAUCCGUGGUCCCCACUCCUAGUCGUCCUGAAUACCUUCGGGACUCAAAUUAUCUGUGCUGCGGCUGUUCCUCUCACCGUCCUUUGGAAACGCCCGAUCAGUAAGAGAGGACUCGCGGGCCUAUGGAACGAUGUGGUGAAUGCCUGUCUCACACAUGUCCUGUACUAUGCGACCAUCCAACUGGCAACCACCAUGUGGGCCGGGCAUUUGCGACGCCACCUGAUGUUGUACAGGGUUUUCAUGCCGAGAUACCUGAUGGCGUGUGCAGUACUCCUUAUUGUGGAUCUGGUCCUGAUUCUUUCUGCCCUUGCCGGGGUGAGGGUCGUCGGUCUCAGCGUUGGCGAGGUGUUUGGCUAUUAA